AUGCUCCAAGCGAUGUUUAAACUGUGUGCCGGGAGCUCCUACAGACACGUGCGCAACAUGAAGGGGCUGAGGCACCAAGCCAUGCUGGCCAUUGGCCAGGAGCUGAACCGGAGGGCCCUGGGGGGCCCAACCCCAAGUGCAUGGAUUAACCAGGUCCGGCGGCGGAGCUCUCUGCUUGGUUCUCGGCUGGAAGACACUCUCUAUAAUGACCGGGAGCUGGCCUAUAUCCACCAGGGAGAGGAGGCCAUGCAGAAGGCCCUGGGCAUCCUCAGCAGCCAGGAGGGCUGGAAGAAGGAGAACCAACAGGCCAAUGGGGACAAAGUGCUUAGUAAAGUGGUUCCAGACGUCGGCAAGGUAUUCCGGCUGGAGGUGGUGGUGGACCAGCCCAUGGAGAGGCUGUAUGAAGAGCUUGUGGAACGCAUGGAGGCAAUGGGAGAGUGGAACCCGAAUGUCAAGGAGAUAAAGGUCCUGCAGAAGAUUGGAAAAGACACAGUGAUCACCCAUGAGCUGGCUGCAGAAUCAGCAGGAAACCUCGUGGGGCCCCGUGACUUUGUGAGCGUGCGCUGUGCCAAGCGCCGAGGCUCCACCUGUGUGCUGGCUGGCAUGGCCACACAGUUCGGGGAGAUGCCCGAGCAGAAAGGUGUCAUCAGAGCUGAACAUGGGCCCACUUGCAUGGUGCUCCAUCCCCUGGCUGGGAGUCCAUCCAAGACCAAACUCACUUGGCUGCUCAGCAUUGACCUCAAGGGAUGGCUGCCAAAGACUAUCAUCAACCAAGUCCUAUCACAGACCCAGGUGGACUUUGCCAACCACCUGCGCAAGCGCCUGGAGUCCAGUCCUGCUCCUGAAGCCGGGUGCUGAAGGCCAGCCUGCUGCUUUCCACUGUUCCUGCUGCAUUGGCUUGCGCGCUUAUAAGGAAAAUCCCUCCCAGAAGCCUGCAAGUCUGCUUGAGAUCUCCACCUGGGGACAGCGGGCUGGGGUGGCAGUGUACUUACAUUAUACUAGGGCUCAGACGGGUAAAAUGUUAGUACCAAGAAAAUAGGGAUGGUCUCAUAUAAAGAGGGUGAGCCUUCUUAACUUCAUUCACUGAUUAGCUGUGAAGGUUAAGGGUUUCAAAAUAUCUGUAAAACUUCUCUGGCCCUUAUAUCUAAAAACAUCUUAAAAUGCUACUAGCUGAGAGAGGGUGCAGAGGGUGCUAAAUACAAGGAUAGGGACCUCAUGCUUUAUGGGCUCAAGAGCUCCACUCCUUGCAGGCAAUGUGUGUGGACAUAGGGUCUUAAAGAGGGGCUCCAGCAACUCUGCCCCCCCAUCCAGUAAGCAGAGCGCUGUAGCAAAGCACAGGCAACUCCCCACAGCAGGUGCCAGCCGGAGACCCAGUUCAAGUUUUCUUGACGAAAAAAUAGAACACUAAUUAGACUGGUUUCCCUACUUCUUCCAUGAGCACCAGUCGGAAUAAAAAAUUAUAAUACAAAAA